AUGGAAAGUUUUACGGAAGAAGAUCUUAAAGUUCCUGAAGUGAAAUAUGAAUAUCUGGACCAUACAGCAGACGUUCAGUUACAUGCUUGGGGUGAUACAUUGGAAGAAGCAUUUGAACAAUGUGCCAUGGCAAUGUUUGGGUACAUGACUGAAAUUGAUACAGUUCAGAUAUGUGAACGACAAGUUGUAGAGGCUGAUGGACAUGACAUGCUGUCACUACUGUUUCAUUUUUUGGACGAGUGCCUUUUCCUUUUCUGUGCAGACCCUUUUUUUAUUGCAAGGAAAGUGAGCAUUUUGGAAUUUGAUAGAACAAAGUUUCACAUCAGAGCUGCUGCAUAUGGUGAAGAAUUUCAGAUUGGAAAGCAUCCACAGGGGAGUGAAGUAAAAGCAAUAACCUAUUCAAACAUGCAAAUACAUGAUAAUGAAGGAAAGUUUGAAGUUUUUGUUAUCAUUGACAUUUAG